AUGCCUUCCCUCACCUCUUCCGCUGCUCGCGUGGCGUCUCGCGCCUCUUCCACCACCAGCGCAGGCGCCCGUCUGUCCCAGAUGCGCAGCCACAUGAGUACCAAUGCUACCUCCCCCAUGGCUCGCAAUAAAGAGAUCGGCGAAGCAUACAUUCUCUCUGCCUCGCGCACGCCGACAGCCAAAUUCAACGGUGGCUUCAUCAGCAUGUCCGCCCCGCAACUCGGUGCCGUGGCCAUCAAGUCUGCCAUUGAGAAGUCGAAAGUUCCAAUUUCCAAGAUCACAGAUGUAUAUAUGGGCAACGUACUUGCAGCGGGUAUGGGUCAAGCACCAGCCAGGCAGGCCUCCAUGUUCGCCGGCUUGCCACCAACGGUUGAGGCCGUAACAAUCAAUAAGGUCUGCGCUUCCGGGAUGAAAGCAGUGGUUAUUGCUGCGCAAAAUAUCCAACUCGGUUUGGCGGAGGCGCAAGUGGCAGGCGGUAUGGAAAAUAUGUCUCGGGUGCCCUACUAUCUGCCCAGAGCAGCGCAGAAUCCACCAUUCGGACACAUGCAACUGAAGGACGGGCUGAUUGAAGACGGCCUCUGGGAUGUGUAUAACCAAUUUCACAUGGGUAACUGCGCUGAGAACACGGCUAAGAAGUUCAAUAUCACCCGAGAAAUGCAGGACGAAUAUGCCAUCAGAAGCUUUGAAAGGGCACAAAAGGCUUGGGCAGAAGGCAAGUUCAAAGAUGAGAUCGUCCCCGUCACCGUCAAAGGGAAGAAGGGUGACACCGUCAUCUCUGAAGAUGAAGGCUACAACAACCUCAAGAAGGACAAGGUCGCCACCUUGAAGCCCGCGUUUGUAAAGGACCCGAAACAAGGAACAGUAACAGCUGCAAACUCGUCAACAUUCAAUGACGGUGCGAGCGCGUUGGUGCUGGGCAAUAAGGACAUUGCUCGGGAAUAUGGCCAGGGAAGCCGUGUGCUUGCGCGCAUUGUCAGUUCCGCCGAUGCCGCCAUCGACCCCGUGGACUUUCCCAUCGCGCCCGCCAAGGCUGUACCCAUAGCGCUGGAAAGGGCCGGUCUUACCAAGGACGACAUUGCAAUCUGGGAAUUCAAUGAGGCAUUUGCGGCAGUCAUCAAAGCAAACGAACAGAUCCUGGGUCUGGAGAAUGCAAAGGUGAAUAUGCUGGGUGGUGCCAUCUCGCUCGGUCACGCGCUCGGUAGUUCGGGCUCGCGCAUUUUGACCACCUUGCUGCAUCAGCUGCAGCCGGGCGAGUAUGGAUGUGCCGCCAUCUGCAACGGUGGUGGUGCAGCAACCGCCAUCGUUGUGCAACGGAUCGAGAACGUCGACUAA